UCCAUGCUGAGCACAACGAAUGUUCAGUCGGGUUACGUCAUUUUCUUUGCAUAAACAGCCAAAAUAAUUAUUUUUCCGUCUUUUUCGGACCCUGAAAUCUUACAAGAUCACUAAUAAGACCACCCAAAAAGUAAUAUAGAAUUAGGGGAAUGUGUUUCAAUUGUAAGUUUUGAAGAAUUUUGUGGAAAACCCUGAAAACUCGAAGAAAGUGUUUGGCUUUUUGAAGGGUAUUGGAAGUAUUGUGAAGUUCGUGGCGUGACAUUUGAUUUGUUGAAUAAAAUUGGCUGAAUUUAGCAGCACAUCAUUUGAAAAAUAUCUUCCGGAAAGCAUGGCAGAAUAUGUGAUGCAGGCCGAGGAAGAGACGGAGGAGAUGUUUGAGUGCAGUCGUUGCCAGAUGAGCUUCACAUCGGUAAUGGAGCAUGUCCGGAAGUACCAUAAUGGUCAGAAUGUGGUGAUUGAGAUGGACGAUGGAUUGGAUCAGGAGACCAAUGAGCAGGAAAAUGAAGAAAUUGAGCGGUUGGAAGAGGAGUCGGAGGAGGAUCUGGUUGAAUAUGUGAGUGAGGAGGAUUCUCAAGUCAUUAAAAGUGAGCCAGAGGGAAUUGAAGAGGAAGAGCCUCCACCAAAGCCACAAAUUGUGGAAAAAAUUAUACAUCCGACGGAGGUAUGUCAGGUGAAAUCAGAGAGGGAUUCCAGUGGAGGAACAUCUUCAAAAGCUGCCACAGAAGAUGCUGGAACUUCAAAGGAGACUGUGGUGGAUGAAGAUUGGUUCCCGGAGCUUGAAUUGGAUUACAAGUGCAAAGAAUGUGGUACAGUCUUUGCAAAUAAUAAAUCCCUGAGGCUCCAUCUGAAGAUGCAUAAGCCAGUUCAUCAGAAAACUAUUGAGGAAUCCAUUCAGAGUGACAUGCGCGGGGUGAAGGAGGAGGCACCAGAACAGAAGACAACGUUUCACUGUGAGAAGUGCAAUAAGGACUAUGAUGAGGCCUUCUUGGCCAUGCAUUUGAAGAUGCACAGUGACGAACCCAGCUACCUCUGCAGCAUCUGCAACAAGAAAUUCGAGAGUGAAGAACACUUCGCGAUGCAUCAGAAUGCCCAUCAGGAACUGAGAACGGUGUACGGGAAGCAGACCAGGAAGAAGGAUACUCCUAGGCCCUACAGCUGCCAGUACUGCGACAAGAAGUUCAUUCGGCCACAUGAGAAGGUCAAGCAUGAGAGGAUUCACACUGGGGAGAAGCCACAUGUCUGUGAGGUCUGUGGGAAGUCUUUCCGGGUAGUCUACUGCCUCACACUCCACAUGAGGACUCACACAAUGGUGCGCCCCUACGUUUGUGCUACUUGCGGCAGAAGAUUCAAAGCUCAUGCUGUGUACAAUCAUCACUUGAAGACACACAGCGAAGAACGCAACUACCCUUGUCCCUACUGUCCGAAGAAAUUCAAGACAUCAGUUCAGCUGGCUGGACACAAGAACAGCCACACGAAGCCAUUCAGCUGCACCGAAUGCAAUCGUCCCUUUGCAUCGCUCUACUCUGUGAAGGCGCACAUGGAGAUGCAUCGGAAGCCGGCAAAUGGCCUGAGAUACAAAUGUUCCAUCUGCGGAGCAACUUACGCUAGAAAUUCUUCCGUUAAGGAUCACAUCAAGGAAGCUCAUCCUGUUACGGAGGGUGAGGAACUUUUCUCCGACGUCGAACGCUCACAGGCAAUUCCUGUUGAGAUUCUUGACGUGGAAAAGGAUAUUACGGGGACAAAUGUACCGAUAGAAUUGCAAGUUGAAGAGAUUGAUGACGAAGUGCUGAUGGGCGAGGCCGAAUGGAUAAAUUAAAAAGGCGAUUUAAUUGUAUUUUAAAUGCUCUAUUAUAUAUAAUUAUCAAUCCUCUGAAAAGGUAUAAUAAAACGAUAUUUCCUUCGAAAA